AGGUUAUGUUUACAAGUAGGUUUCAGAAUCUAAAUAAGAGUAUUUCCAAAUAGUUGACUAACUAAAUGUUACUAACUGAUAUAUAAUGUCAUUUGGCAUUUAUCCAUGCCUAUCAUGUCGUAUAGGUGUUCUAAAAAUUUUAUCAUUUCAAAAUUAUGCCCAAAGGAGUUUAAGCUGUUCAUCAUUUCUUUACAAAGCUGCAACAAGUAACACCAGGCUCAAAAAUGUGGUUACAACAAAUGAAGCUGUUACUGACUGUGAGGGUAUUAAAACCUCCUUUGCUGAUAAGGAAAACAUUUCAGCAACGAUCACUUCUCUGCCACAACAGUACCUUAUGCUGUCAAAAAUACGAUUGACCUCUCUGGUUGUAAUGACAAGUAUGUGUGGUUAUGCCAUGGCUCCGUCUGCCUUUAGCUUAUCUUCUGCACUUGUAUGUUCUGUUGGGACAGGCCUCCUUUCAUGUGCAGCUAAUGCUGUUAACCAGUUCCAUGAAGUACCUUUUGAUGCUCAGAUGGCCCGUACAAGAAAUCGCCUUCUAGUCAGAAGCAUUGUUACACCACUCCAUGCAAUUGGUUUUGCAACAGCUUGUGCCAGUACUGGAGGCCUAUUACUGUUUUUUGGAGCUAAUGGUUUAACUGCAGCUCUCGGUUUUGCCAACCUUAUUUUAUACACAUCAAUAUACACUCCUCUCAAACGGGUUAGCAUUCUAAAUACAUGGGUUGGUUCAAUAGUUGGUGCUUUACCACCGCUGAUGGGUUGGUCUUGUGCGACUGGAGCUCUUGGCCCUGGUGCAUGGGUCCUUGCUGGAAUCCUUUACGCUUGGCAGUUCCCCCACUUCAAUGCCCUAUCGUGGAACCUGCGUCCUGAUUAUUCCAGAGCAGGUUAUCGCAUGAUGGCUGUCACAGAUCCAGGGCUAUGUAGAAGAACCACAUUGAGGUAUACUGCAGCCAUAAUGGCUUUGUCUUUUACUGCCCCAUAUGCAGAUCUUACCAAUUAUUGGUUUGCCUUAGAGUCGUUACCGUUAAAUGCUUAUUUCCUAUACUUAGCUUGGGAUUUUUACAAGAAAUCUGAUAGUUCCUCAUCAAGAAAGUUGUUCAGAUUUUCCUUGAUCCAUCUGCCGAUAUUAAUGCUUCUGAUGCUCAUAAACAAGAAAUGAGAUUGAUUCAAACUGAUGGCAAAAAGAAAGAAUAACAGUGGAACUUUUUCCCUUCAAAUAUUCAGAAGGAAAAUUAAUUGAACAUAUCAUUUCCUGACCAUCUUCAUAUAUUGCUAGAGAUGGAGCCCUCUCUUGCUGUAUAGUUGUUUAGAAAGCAUAGUUAUUGGUUGCUGUUACUUUUUUAUUGAUGCUGCCUAAGCAUUAACAUUUUUAUCAUGAUUUACUUGAAAUCAAGAGGACCUUGAUGGAGCAAGGAAUGAUUCAAAACAUUGUUUUAUCUUAAUGUAUAAUACUGUAUAAAAAUAUAGGUUAUAUUAUUAGAGCUUUGUUUAUUUAAUCUUAUUUUUUAAUUAUCCUUCCCGCUACAGUAUCCUAUUUCCAUUUUAUUCAAUCUAUGCAAAACCACUGGAAAGAUUGAUCCACUGUCAGCUUAAUAACUAUCUUGAGUAGAACCUUCUUAAUCCUUUACAAUCCGGUUUCCACAUUCAAUCCUAUCAGCUCUGUUGAAAAUUUCCUUAGACCUUAAAUCUUCUGUUGACAAACAGAAAAUCUCUAUAUGGGUGAUAAAUAUUCAGGACACAGUCAUUAUAA